AUGGUGUUUUUGUAUACUUCGUUCAUUGUUUACCUUGGCGCAUUCGUUUCAACUUGUGCGUUCAUUCUGAUUGGGCCAUCGCCCCCCGUCCCGUCCCGGGACGCCUGGCGGGUCCGUCGCCCGCCCCCGUCCCUGACGGCAGGCGGGCCGUCGCCCGCACGUCCCGUGACGCCAGGCGGGCCGUCGCCCCCCGCCCGUCCCGGGACGCCAGGCGGGCCGUCGCCCGCCCGGUCCCGGGACGCCAGGCGGGCCGUCGCCCGCGCCCGUCCCUACUUUGCGGCCGUCGCGCCCGCCGUCACGGGCGCCAGGCGGGCCGUCGCCCGCCCGUCCCUGGGACGGCAGGCGGGGCCGUCCGCCCGCCCGUCCCGGGACGCCAGGCGGGCCUCGCCCGCCCCGUCCCCCCGGGGGACGCCAGGCGGACCGUCGCCCGCCCUCCCGGGACGCCAGGCGGCCGUCGCCUGCCCGUCCCGGGACGCCUGGCGGGCCGUCGCCCGCACGUCACGGGACGCCAGGCGGGCCGUCGCCCGCUCCGUCCCUGGACGGCAGGCGGGCCGUCGCCCGUCGCCUCCCGGGACGCCAGGCGGGCCGUCGCCCGCUGUCCCGGGACGCCAGGCGGACCGUCGCCCGCCCGCCCGUCCCGGGACGCCAGGCGUCCGUCGCCUGCCCGUGGGAAAUGGGAUCGCCCUGACUCCUGGCCCGUCCCGUCCCGCCUGCCCGUCCCGGGACGCCAUGUCCUGCCCAUCCGCCCCCCCGGGUCCCGGACAGCCAGGGUGGGCCGGUCGCCCGCCCGCCCACCGCCACCUCCCGGACGCAGGCGGGCCGUCUCCCGCCCGGGCAGGCACCCCGCCCGUGACGCAUGGCCAGCGGGAAGUCGCCCGCCCGCCCGGGUCCCGGGACGGCCAUGGCGGGCCGUUCGCCCGCCCGUCCCGGGACCGCCUGGCGGGCCGUUCCCCCCCCUCACGGGACCCGCCAGGCGGUCCGUCGCCCGGCCCGUACCGGGACCGUAGGCGUGGCCGUCGCCCUCCCGUACCCGGGAACGCCUGGCGGGCCUGGGUCGCCCCGCCCGUACCCUGGAACGCCUGGCGGGGCCGUCGCCCCCCUGUUCCCACGGGACGCCUGGCGGGCCGUCGCCCGCCCUUCCCGGGAAGCCUGGCCGGGACCUUGCCAGCGGGGCCCGGUGCCCGGGAACCCACCAUGGGCCCGGACCGUCCCGGGACCUCCCGUAAGCCCGGGACGGCCUGGCCGGGCCCCCCGUCGCCCUGCCCGGCCGUCCCGGGAACGCCUGGCGGGCCGUCGGCCGCCCGUGCCACGGGACGCCAGGGCGGGCCGUUGCGCCCGCCCGCCUACCGGAACGCCAGGCGGGCCGUCGCCCGACCGUCCCUUACUCCCAGGCUGGCCGUCGCCCUCCCGGUCCCGGGACCGUCCAGGGCCCGGCCGUCCGGCCGCCCGGGUCCCGGGAACGCCAGGCUGGCGUUUCGCCCGCCCCGUUACCCGGGGACGGCCAGGCGGGCCGUCGCCCGCGUGUCCCGGGACGGUAAGCCGGGCCGUCCCCGCCCGUCCGGGACGGGCCUGGCUGCCGUCCCGCCCUUCCCGUCACGGGACGCCAGGCUUGGCCGUUCGCCCGCCCGUACCCGGGUGACGCCAGGCGGCCGUCGCCCCCCGUCCCGGGACCGCAUGGCGGGCCCGUCCCGCCCGAACCCGUCAACCGGGACCGCCUGGCGGGCCGUCCCGCCCCCCGUACCGGGACCCAGCUCCGGUCCGUCCGGCCCGGGUACCGGGCCAGGCGGGCCUGUCCCCUCCGUCCGCCCCGCCCUUUCCACGGGAACGCCCUGGCGGGCCGUUCGCCCGCCCGUUACCCCCGGGACGCCAUCGGACCGGUCCGUCCCGCCCGCCGUUCACCGGGACGCCUGGCGGGCCGUCUCCCGCCCACCGGUCACCGGGACGCCCAGGCUGGGCCGUUCGCCCGCCCGUCCCCGGGAAGCCCUUGAGCCGGGACCCGUUGGACCGGGCCCGUCCCGGGACCACAAGGCGACCGUCGUGCCGCACGGGACCCGCCAGGCUGGGCCCGUCCGCCCGCCCGUACCGGGUGAACGGCCAAGGCGGGCCCGUCUCCCGCCCGUUACCGGGGACCCUGGCCGGCCGUCCCGGCCCGCCUUAGGUCCACGGGACUCCAGGCCGGGCCCGUUCGCCCGGCCCGUACCCGGGACUCCAGGCGGGCCGUCGGCCCGCCCGUACCCGGGAUGCCAGGCGUGGCGUUCGUCCCGCCCGCCCGUGCCCGGGACGGCCAGGCGGGCCGUCGGCCGCCCCGUCCCGGGACCGCCAGGCGAAGUUGCCCGCCCGUAG